UUUUAAAUUUCGUUCCAAAAUUUAAAUCCAAAAUUAUAUUUGAAAUUCAAAGUAAUUCCAUUGAAUUUUCAUAUAAAAUUUCGUUAUUCGGGUACAUGUAUACUCUGUGCUUUCUGGUGGCUCCGGUAUUGCGUACUACUGGUAUUAGUUACACUUUUUCAGGUUUUAACAGUAAUUGGUCUAGUUUGGCUUCUAUUCGUUAUAUUCGUACACUACUAUCAAUACUACGGAGUUUUCAAAAGUAUUCUAGACGAUUGAAGGUAAAUUAAUGAUGGAUUUCUUGUGGAAUAUCAAGCAUGAAGUCGAUGAUUUCUUCGACAAACAACAAGAUACUAGAGUGGCCGAUUGGUUCAUGAUGUCAAGUAUAUUUCCCACUUUAGGAAUAGUUUUUUCCUAUAUACUCUUUGUUAAGGUAAUCGGACCAAAGCUAAUGGAAAAAAGGAAACCCUUCAAUAUAAAGAACAUUUUAAUAGUGUACAAUUUGUUUCAAGUUAUAAUGAGUACCUGGAUCUUUUAUGAGGUAGGAAUGGGCGGGUGGUUUACUGGAGAAUACAGUUGGAAAUGUCAACCAAUUGAUUACUCUAACAAACCGAGUACUCUAAGACUAGUACGAGCAUCAUAUUGGUACUUAGUAGCAAAAUACAUAGACCUGUUAGAUACGAUAUUUUUCGUCCUGACCAAGAAAAACAGCCAUAUAUCUGUUCUGCACGUCAUCCAUCACGGCAUCAUGCCCGUGUCAAUUUGGAUGGGCAUGAAAUUGUUUAUUUCUACUGGUCACGGUACCUUCUUCGGCUUGCUAAAUAGUUUUAUUCACAUGAUAAUGUACACUUACUAUCUGCUGAGUGCUAUGGGCCCCAGCAUUCAGAAGUACCUCUGGUGGAAGAAGCACCUCACAGCCCUACAAAUAGCGCAGUUUGUAGCGAUAAUAGUCCACACGUUCCAAUUGUUCUUCCGGGAAUGCGAUUUUCCGCGGUUCUUUACUUGGUAUAUCCUCCUGCACGGCGUUAUGUUCUUAUUCCUCUUCAAGCAAUUCUACGAACAAGCGUAUAACAAGAAUAAGAAACCGGAAGGUGUAAAGACGGACGAUAGGAAAGGGAUCUUGCGAAAAGAGCAUAAUUUUGCUAACGGAUCGAAAGUUAGCCGAAGAGUAAAAUCGCAUUGAUUAGUGGAAAUGUAUCAGGGUGUUUUUAAUAACAUGCUAAUACUGAAGAGGGUUAUUAUUGGGCUCAUUUUAAGAAAAAAACUUCAUAUAAACCUAUAUCCUAAACGUCUUAACUUAUGAAACAUAGGGUGUGUUAAAGUUUUAAGAAAAAAAUCAAUUUUUUACUGUAAUUUCCAUACCACUUUAAAUAUUUUUAUGAAAUUUGGUGUACGACGUUUAUGCAUGAAAGAGCAUUUUUUGGCCUAAAAAACAUUUUUUUGAUUCCAACUGCGACGUCCGUAAUGGACACAGGCCAAAUAUUUUUGAGGGUAAAAAUGGUACGCCACUGCUUUCUCUUAAAAUAAAAGUUAUUUUUCGAGACCCCGUGCAACUUAGAACAAAUUUGAUUUCUUGACUUUUUUUUGUACAACUCGCCGUUUCGCAUAAAAAAAUUAAUUGCAUUUAUUUGUAUGCUAUCGUUGCAUUAACCGCUGUGCAGAAAUACCCCCUUCAGUAUUAACAUGUUAUUUAAAAACACCCUGUAUAAUUAGAGAAGAUGAACAAGGAGCGUUCGAAGGUUCGGAAUUUUCUGGAAUAAUAAAGCUAACUUGUACACAAUUUAAUUUGUGCUAAAAAAGAUUAAAAUAAAUUUUAUAGGAAAUAUAUUUUUUAUUUAUUCAAUUUUAUAAAAAUAUUGAGCAAAUUGCCUCUUAAAAUAUUAAAAUAUUACCUAAUAAUGAAUAUGGUCUAUGGCCAGUUUUCGGCUCUCGUUUUUAAUGCGAUAAUCAUAACUAUCAUAAAUUUCACCAUUUAUUUAAUUUAAAAAUUCCAAUUUCAUAAAAAAUAUCACCGAAAAUGGUGUAGGUAAGUAUAAAAUGAUCUAUAUAUUGAUCAUCAGUUCAAAGUAGUUACCGAAAAUAUAAAGAUCAACUUACAACAAAAUUUAGUUUCAUUCGUGUAUAAAGUUUUUCUACUAUAUUCAUUACUAGUAUAAAAAAAGCGUUUAAAACACUUGGAUCUACAAGUAUCAUCUAAUAAGAUAAAUUCUUUUAAAAAAUACACACUUAAAUCUACUAAUAUUUAAUGAACUUUCUCGUAAUUAUUGUCUUUUUUAAAACGUUUGGUUCUCGGGAUAUUUUAGUACCGCCACUAAAAUAGCCAGAAAUGUCGCCUACAGAGCAAUUCACACGAACACCAACGUUUUGUAUACAGUAAAAUUGCUGUGCAGGAAUGCAUAAACAUAUUAUUUAUCACAUUCUUUUCCACGCUAAUAUAAUAAGUACAUCGAAAUGCACAUACCUCCUAAUACCCAGUAUUCUUUAAAUAAUUACAAACACCCUAUUUGAAUAACAUUUAUGUCAUACCAAACGGUUCGUUCCUUCAAAACCUCCAUUUGAACGUUUCAAAGGAACUUGAAUAUGAAAGUAUACAACUGUCUUAAAGUUAAGCGUUUUAAAUACAGGUAACUAUUUAACAAUUAUGUCUGUUUAGUAACACAGAACUCUAUGACUAGGUUAAGUUUUUUUCGCAUGAGUAAUAUUUAUAGUUUUCCCGAGCAGUGUGCAAAAUUUCCAUCGGGAAAAUUGUCUCUAAAGAUAUUAAUGAACGAGUUCUCUGAAAUUCGAGAUUAUUAUGCAAACGUUAAGAAACAAAUUAAGUAUAUCAAUUACUAAUUUAGAUACAACAAUUUGCGAGAUGUUAAGUUGCUUAGUGGAAGUAAUUUUGCAAUUACGCUAUUAUUCCAUUCCAUUUAACCAUCAAGAUAUGCAAGUUUGAUAUCUCACCUUGGAAUCUAGUUCGAAAUUUCGAUUUAAUGCGUCGAAUAAUUUUUUAUUCCACUCGAAAGUUAAAUUUUACUUAGUAUAUCUAAAAAAUGGCGAAGGACUUUCACGCCAAAUUUCCAAAUUUCCUGCGCUUGCAAUGAGUUACAAUAAAUUAAAAAGUAACCUACAGAAUGUCUACAAACUACUUAAACAUCCUAGAAUAGUCCUUUAGUCUUUCUUCACUGUCUUUGGUGUUUUGCUGGCGUUCUCGUAUCUUUGAUAGUAGAAAUUGGAGAAUAGAGCGAAGAAUAUGGUCGAAUGGAUUAGUAGGAAGUACCCCACCCAUUUGGGGUAGCCGCAGUCGUACCAAAUUAGUUGAGCCGAAUGGCCGAAGACCAGGCCAAAUUGAA